AUGUCGCUCUGCACGCACCCCGCCUCGGCGCAGUACUCGGACCGUGUGAGGGGAACAAUCACAUGCACGCUCUGCGGCGACAUUGUGCAGGACCAACAGUUUGAGCUUGAUCCGGUAUUUGCACGCGGAGAAAAGACAAAUGCACGGGGCCUGCGCUCCCUUGGGCAUCUUCGUCCCACACGGGGAGCUAUUGGGGCAAGGAUGCCGUCCGCACGCCCUUCCAUAGAGGCCGCACGACGUGGCAUGGUUUCCAUUGCGCGCCAGCUUGAUAUCAGCGAUGACAUGAUUGAGAUGGCGGUGGCUAUAUACAAGUUGGCGGUGGGAUUGAACGCGGUGUCUGGUGCUCGGUCUGCCGUUUUGUCUGCUGCCCUGUAUGCCGUCUGUCGUCGUGAACGGACCUCGCAUAUGAUAUACGACUUUUCUGAGGUGACAGGGGAAAGUCCGUAUGAAAUUUUGUCCUACAUGCGGCAGAUUUGUGAGGCGACCCACACCGAAGUGCCCGUCAUCGAUCCUUCCUGCAUGGUGCACCGUUUUGCAGCGCAGAUGAAUUUGGGUGCCAUGACGGGGCCCGUGGUGGUAUGUGCGUUGAAGGUACUUCGUGCCAUGCGGGACGAUUGGAUCGCUUGUGGGAGGCGACCCAUGGGUGUUUGUGUUGCAGCUCUGCUUGUCGCAUGCUACAUGUUUAACAUCCCGCGUACUCCCGAUGAGGUGUGUGGCUUUGUUCGUCUCACGGCGGGAACCAUUGUGCGGCGCCUUGACGAAUUCGCAUCCACAACCACGGCUGGAUUGCAAAGUAUUGAUGAGUACAGGAAGAGUGAAGUUUCACUGCCUCCUUCGUUUAGUUCCUCCAGCAUGAGUCCCACCGACACUGAUGUGGAUGCCGACAUGCGGAAGCUCUCAGCGACGUACUACGAGCUUGUGGCGGAGGCAAAGGUCUCCGCCCCUGCGACGCCGGAGCGUUGCGAGAAGUGGCGACGUUUUCUUGAGCGUCACUGUGAGAUGGAAAACACCACAGCUGCGGAGGCGAACUGGGACCUGACGAAGCUGUCACCGCAGAGGCAGCUACAGAUACUCGGCCUGCCCAACACGAAACCGAUGGACCCGGAAAAGGUGCGGGAGAGUGUGCGGCGGGAGGAGGUGAAGAUUCUGCUGAAGCAGGAACGCAGUGAGUCGGAGUGUGCGUCACAGCCCUUCAAUGGGAUGUCACAAAUGCCUCCGCCGACGCAGUUGGAACCGCCAAUGCAGCAGAUGACGGCGCAAUACCAAAAACUUAUGAACCAAGACCCCAAUGUUUUGGAGAUUCGUCGGAGGUUUGAUUUUGCCGAGGAGGACGACGGCCCUGCUCCAACCCCGCCUCUUCCACUCAACAUGGCGGGAAGUGCGGCAUCGAUGCCGGAGUCCCUCGCAGAGGCGCUCUACGAUCGCGAAAGACGAUUUGCUCUGCCAUGGGAGUUUAUCGUCUUGCAAGAUCCUGCCCUGGAGGACACCACAGACCUGGAUUCUUACUUGGUGCUUGACAACGAGGAGCGACUGCGUCGGCAGAAGGUGGAAGAAGCCCUCUACGGGGAUGCUUGGGACCUUGGCAAGGCACGCACAAAGGAGGAGAUUGAGAAACUUGAGGAGUCACGCACGACACGGAAACGACGACGCGAACCCAUUGAGGAGCACGCAACCGUUCAGGACGCUUUAACGCGUGCUUUGAGGGGCCGAGGCGCCGGAACUGUGAAUGUUUCUCGGAUUGAUGAACUUGUGCCUGGUCUUGUGAGCGAGUUUGACGGUGGAACAGAGGACGAUUGGCUGAAUGAAUGA